AUUCACGCCGUUCAUGUUCAUAUUGACUCGGAUAUGCAAGAAUCUGCCGCAAUAGCGAUCAGCAAGUCUAAUAUUGCGGCUUUAGCAUUCUUGUUCUGGGACAUGCUGAUCAACUUGUCGGAUGAGAUUGAGUAUAUGUGGAGAGCACGGAAUACUUGGGUCAAAUGGGCAUACCUUUAUAUUCGGCAUUUUCCAAUCUUUGGCAUAGCUUCGAUGGUGAUACUGAACACCGGCGUAGGCAUUGCAGGACGUUUCACACCCAGACAGUGUAUAGGCUGGCUCGUGGUGCAAGGCUGUAUCUUGUUAUCUGUGGUUUUGUUGGUCGACGCAAUACUCAUACUGCGAAUAUACGUUCUAUUUGCUCGUAACAGGGCCCUGCUUGUUACGCUUGUGAUCGCUUUUGUGAUUGAAGCGUCAUCUACAAUCAUUUGUUCAGCCCUCGCUGUGCCAAGAAUGACCCUUGGAUCCAAGUGUCUCAUUUUGAAGGCACCAAGAGUCUAUACCGGAAAUUGGUUGGCAUCGAUGGGAAUGCAAACGAUCCUGUUCAUUUUAACCUGCUACCGCUUCUACACCAGCGUCGAUCGACGCUUGGGCACUCGAUCCAUACUCCAUAUUCUGAUUCGAGAUGGCAUCUGGGCUUACGCUUUCAUAUUUGUGGCUGCUUUGACGAAUGUGCUGCUCCUUCGGCUCCAACAGAGCGUCAUUUCUGGAAUUUGCUUUCCCUGGGCAAUUGUCGCGUUUUCUUUCGCAGGGUCACAUCUGCAGCUCAACGUAGUCAAGGAACUCGUCCAUCCUUCAAUCCCGUCCAAUAUACUGACCAGUACGGAAAUGGAGUUAGGAACUAUCGGGAACGCCAAUGCCCCCUUGUGAGCCUUGGCAGGAUUCGCUCUUGAAGAAAUAUUGUAGCCGUAAAGUUUCGAGAACGUGGGCAAAUAACAAAGGAACAUGGCCCAUCCUUUUUUUCUUUCCUGUUGCUUGCCGUUUUCGCUCAUGAUUUUUGACUGAAGAUUGGACACUGAAUCCUUGACGUUAGCUCACUGAAAUAUACAAAGAUGCCAACAAACCGAUCUCUCUAAC